AUGUACGCGAUCAUUGUUGACGGCGGCCGCCAGUACAAAGUCCAAGAGGGUCAAGAGCUGGCCCUGGACUACCGCGAAGACGUCAAGCCCGGCGACGUGCUGACGCUCGACAAGGUCGUCGCCGUCGGCGCCGGCGAGGGCCUCAAGGUCGGCACGCCGACCGUCGCGGGCGCGAGCGUCACGGCCUCGGUCCUCGGCACGGGUCAGGGCGUCAAGAUCGACGUCGUGAAGAUCCGCCGCCGCAAGAACAGCCGCCGCCACACCGGCCACCGCAAGAUGUUCACGAAGGUCAAGAUCGACGCGAUCGCGGGCUGA